AUGGACGCCAUUAAUGCGCGCAAGAACUUUGAGUUCAUCAAUAACAUCAGGUCCGUCAACCCAGAGACGGACCAGAUCUACCACUUCAACGAGGCAGAGCAAAAGCGCAUCCUCAACGAGUCUCCCUGGAAGAAGGAUCCUCAUUACUUUACCCAUAUCAAGAUCUCUGCCGUCGCCUUGAUCAAGAUGGUGAUGCACGCUCGCUCGGGAGGCAACAUUGAGGUCAUGGGCAUGAUGCAGGGCAAGGUCCAGGGCAACACCAUCAUUAUCAUGGACGCCUUUGCUCUUCCCGUUGAGGGAACUGAGACCCGUGUCAAUGCUCAGGUCGAAGGAUAUGAAUACAUGGUCCAAUACAUGACCAAAAUCAAGGAGGUCGGUCGCUUAGAGAACGCCAUUGGAUGGUACCACUCGCAUCCUGGUUAUGGAUGCUGGCUGUCGGGAAUUGACGUCAACACUCAAAUGCAGAACCAGCAGUUCCAGGAUCCCUUCGUUGCCGUCGUUAUUGACCCUAACAGAACCAUCUCGGCUGGAAAAGUUGAAAUCGGAGCCUUCCGCACCUAUCCAGAGGGAUACAAAGCACCGGAUGAGGGACCUUCGGAGUACCAGACUAUUCCUCUGAGCAAGAUUGAGGAUUUUGGUGUCCACUGCAAGCAGUACUACCCCUUGGAGAUCUCCCACUUCAAGUCCACCCUCGACACACAUCUCUUGGACCAACUCUGGAACAAGUACUGGGUCAACACUCUCUCCCAGUCCCCUCUCCUCUCUAACCGUGAAUAUGCAGCGAGACAGAUGUCAGAUUUGGCAGAAAAGCUGCAGAUGACGGCGAAUAUGGCGUCGCGUGCAGGACCUGGAGGAUUUGGAGGUAUGGGUGGAUCUGCGGGCCACUUUGGCAAGGACAAGAAGAAGAAGCAGGAGGAGAGUCAGUUGAGCAAGAUCACCCGGGACAGCAACAAAAUCUCGGUUGAGGCGACCCAUGGAUUGAUCUCCCAGGUCUUGAAGAACGUCCUCUUUACUGCCAACCCCCACCAGAACGACGACACUAGUGCCUUGGGCAACAACCCCAUCGACACCGACACUGUCCUCUCUCCCGCCCAGUAA